AUGCCGUUACAGCCCACCGUCUUAAAGCCCAACGGGAGGCCAGGAGAAGUUCGAUUUGAUUCAUUUUCAGAUGCCUCAUCCCAAAAUAUACCUGGGGCGUCUGCCUCUGCUCCGGUUACCGCUGGGUUAGACACGCCACCUGACGCAGUUAACCAUGCGAAAUCGGGGAGUGAACUGCUACGUCGACUGAGCUUAAAGGAAGUACUCACAAUGCGAGCAACCGACUUUCAGCAACAGUACUCGAGUUUAAGCCUUACCGGUAGAAUUAUUAGUGUUGCUUUCUGCAUCCCACACAAGCUUUACUUCCGAGCGGGCGAAGACUGGGAACUGAAACCUCGCCCUGGAUCUUCUGCCUUGUUUGAUUCAUUUGCAUACUUGGCUUCUGAUAAGUCGGGUUGGGCGCAUACGCUGGUUGGAUGGACCGGAGAAGUAGAGCCUCUGCACAAGGAAAGCACUCCUUUACAGCCAAAUCGUCCCAAUAACGGCACAAAAUUGCCCGCCGCACUUGACAACGCUUCGCGAGCUCUCAAUAAGUGGUCAACCCCAAUGUCCCUUGAUGCGAGCAGGCUGCAAUUUAAUAAUGCUGCGGCGGAGUCCUUCACAGUGAAUGGAAGUGAUAGAGAACGACUAGGAAAACAGCUGAGUUCAACCCGCCACGGCAAGAUUGCACCGGUCUGGCUGUCAGAUGAAUCUGAAGUACCGGAGAAUUUGGUUCAUCUAGAGGAUCAGAGCAGAUGGAGACGCUACGCAGAGAAAGAACUUUAUGCCCUCUUACACUAUAAACAGCAUGGUCCCACAGACGGCAGAUUCGAGCGGGACUCGUGGGCGGAUUAUGUGAGGAUGAAUCGACUUUUUGCGGAUCGUAUAAUCCGGGAAUACAAAGAGGGUGAUAUCGUUUGGAUUCACGACUAUCAUCUAUUUCUACUCCCAAGUAUUUUACGACAGCACAUCCCGAACGUUUACAUUGGGUUCUACUUGCACACCCCGUUUCCGAGCAGCGAAUUUAUGCGGUGUCUAGCCAAACGGAAAGAAAUACUCACCGGCGUACUUGGCGCAAACAUGAUUGGGUUCCAAACAUUCUCCUACUCUCGGCAUUUCUCGUCCUGCUGUACUCGCGUUUUAGGCUUUGAGUCCAACUCGGCUGGCGUUGAUGCUUAUGGUGCCCAUGUGGCCGUGGAUGUCUUCCCCAUCGGUAUCGACGCGGAGACAAUACAGAAGGCUGCAUUUGAGAGUGUAGACACCGAAAAUGCAGUAGCAGGGCUACGUAAGCUAUACGCUGGGGUGAAAAUCAUUGUCGGUCGUGAUCGCCUAGAUAGUGCCCGUGGUGUCGCCCAAAAGCUCCAAGCUUUUGAAACGUUCCUCGAACGCUUCCCUGAAUGGCGUGAUAAGGUUGUGCUCAUCCAGGUCACCAGUCCAACUAGUGUUGAGGAAGAGAAAGAGGAGCAUAAGAUUGCCAGCCGAAUCUCGAAUUUGGUUGAUACAAUUAACGGCCGUUUUGGAUCGUUGAGCUUCUCUCCGGUUAAGUAUUAUCCUCAAUAUCUCUCCCCACAUGAAUACUUUGCAUUGUUGCGGGUGGCCGAUGUCGGACUGAUUACGACAGUUCGUGAUGGCAUGAAUACGACAAGCUUGGAGUACAUUAUUUGCCAGCAGGACGGCCACAGCCCUCUCAUUUUAUCCGAGUUUUCCGGAACAGCGGGGGCAUUAUCUAGCGCGAUUCACAUAAACCCGUGGGACACUAUCGGGGUCGCAGAUGCGAUAAACAAAGCUCUGACAGUGCCUGCCGCUGAGAAAAAGGAACAGCAUCUAAAGCUAUACAAACACGUCACAACAAACACAGUUUCAGCCUGGUCUAACCAGUUUAUCUCUCGUCUACUCACGAAUCUUUCUUCCUUCGAUCAAUCCGUGGCAACCCCGGCCCUCGAUAGGGCUAAACUUUUGAAGCAAUAUCGCAAAGCUCGAAAGAGGCUCUUCAUGUUUGACUAUGAUGGCACCCUUACACCGAUUGUGAAGGACCCCCAAUCUGCUAUACCGUCAGAUCGCGUUCUGCGGACCCUCAAGAGUCUGGCGGCAGAUCCCCGAAAUGCCGUGUGGAUUAUCAGUGGACGCGACCAGGCGUUUUUAGAUGAAUGGAUGGGCCAUAUUCCUGAACUGGGACUAAGUGCAGAGCAUGGCUGCUUCAUCCGAAUGCCACGAUCAGAUAUUUGGAAAAACCUAGCGGAAACAACUGACAUGGGCUGGCAGAGGGAAGUCAUGGAGAUAUAUCAACACUUCACGGAGCGUACUCAGGGGUCUUUUAUCGAGAGAAAGAAAGUGGCUUUGACCUGGCACUACCGACGGGCGGACCCUGAAUAUGGUGCGUUCCAGGCGCGAGAAUGUCGGAAGCAGCUGGAGGAGCACGUAUCCAAAGCUUGGGACGUUGAAGUGAUGGCUGGGAAGGCCAACCUCGAGGUUCGACCGAGAUUUGUGAACAAGGGUUUUAUCGCGACGCGGUUGGUGGAAGCAUAUGAGAAUGGGAAAAUACCGGAGUUUAUCUUGUGUUCCGGUGAUGAUUUUACAGAUGAAGACAUGUUCCGUGCUUUGAAGAAGUUUGAACUACCAUCGCAUCACGUUUACACUGUCACUGUUGGUGCAAGUUCGAAACAGACUGAAGCGGGUUGGCAUCUCCUCGAACCCAGUGAUGUUAUUGAAACCGUUACCAUGCUCAAUAGCAGUUCUUCCGGCCAGGAAUAUUAA